AUGGAGGAUCAUAGCCAUGAUGGCUGGCCCGAGGGCUCAUGGGACACGGGUUCUACAGACGAUUCACUUCUGGGAACCGGCUUAACGACGCGUCAUUUAGAGGCAUUCGGACGAAAAGUCACAUCUACAGCAACCCAUCUUAUGGGUCCCACGUCCGAUCCUCACUAUCAAAGUGCUUUAACCGAUAUCCAUCGUGAACUACGACGACCGGCGCUUCAACGACGAAUGUUCUCACUCACCAGAACCUCACCAACUGACCUUGUACGCUCCAAACUGUCUACCGCCGAGAUCCAAUCAAGAGCGCUUUCAUCUCUUCCCGACGAGCUUUUGGCCAACUUACCCGAAGACAAUAGCAGUUAUUCUCUUUUCCAGGGUUUUCAAGCCACACUUCCCGAAUCAGAACAUGAGCACCACAGAUCACAUCGCAGGCGAAGUUCGAAACAUCAAAAAGUAAUCACCGAUGCAGAACCUACCAAGGCUCUCCCGCAUUCGAAAGGUGGUCUCAAAGCUGAACGGGAGCGAUUGAACCACCGUUUAGAAAUGAUGGGUAUACGGAAGAAUAUGUGCAGCGCGGAGAUACACGAGAUAGAUAACAAGAUUACCAAUUUGCACAACAUGCGACAAAUAGUGCUGGAUCGUCUGGCCGGGUUAGAGGUGGACGAGACGGAGCUGGAAAAUCAAAUUGUCGAGUUGGAUAAUAAAAUAGAGGAUAUGGAAGACGAGGAGGAAGAGGAAGAAACUACGGCUAAAGCCACGCCCACAAAAACAAACGACUCUUCAGAAGACGCCGCUCUAGAUGCGUCGUUUAUGUCCGAGUCUAUAUAUCAGAAGCUACCGACAACGUCACCGCGGGGUCGAAAAGUGAGAUCUAUAAGGAAGAAAUCCAUGCCUAUUCUUCAUGAGCAUUUUGCGCCCGGUACUGCGAUAAAGGAGAUCCCAGCACACAACGAUAUAAUUACUGCUCUCGAUUUUGACUAUCCUUUCGGAACCCUAGUCAGUGCAGCUUUGGAUGAUACCGUCCGAGUCUGGGAUCUGAACGCGGGGAGAUGUGUUGGUUUCUUAGAGGGCCACCACGCCUCCGUCAGGUGCUUGCAGGUAGAAGACAACUUUGUCGCGACAGGAUCCAUGGAUGCGUCCAUUCGUAUAUGGGACUUGAGCCAAGCCCAACCAGUCCCUCAAAAUGAUCGUAUCAACAAGUCUUCAAAAGACGAAGAUGCGGAAGAAGGCGAUGACUCGGCAGCAGCAGCACCAUCGUAUACUGCAUCCAACAUGGCUGACUGCGAAAUCUUUUCUCUAGAAGCUCACGUCGAUGAAGUUACAGCACUCCAUUUCCGUGGAGAAACGCUCAUAUCUGGAUCAGCAGACAAGACAUUGCGACAAUGGGAUCUCGUCAAGGGACGUUGUGUACAGACGUUAGACGUCUUAUGGGCAGCGGCUCAAGCAUCGACCUCCAUAUCAACCAACUCUAACUCUCAAUGGCGGCCAACAGGACGUUUACCGGAUGCGUCUGCAGACUUUGUCGGGGCUGUACAGUUUUUCGACGCAGCUUUGGCCUGUGGAACGGCUGAUGGAAUCAUCCGAUUAUGGGAUCUGCGUAGUGGACAAGUACAUCGCAGUCUCGUUGGGCAUACCGGUCCUGUUACAUGUCUACAAUUUGAUGACGUCCAUCUGGUGACGGGCAGUUUAGAUCGAAGCAUUCGGAUAUGGGAUCUGCGCACAGGAUCAAUCCAUGACGCAUUUGCAUACGACCACCCGAUUACAAGCAUGAUGUUUGACACUCGCCGCAUCGCCAGUGCAGCCGGUGAAAAUGUCGUCAAAGUCUACGACAAGACCGACGGUCAUCAUUGGGACUGUGGUGCAGGGGCAGGUGAGGGCGGUGAAAACGCCUCGAUCAUCGAGCGCGUACGAGUCAAGGACGGCUAUCUUGUUGAGGGCCGUAAAGAUGGUAUAGUCGGAGUUUGGACUUGCUGAUCUUCUCCUCUCCUUGAAGUAUUCCAUUGGAAAUAGACUAUUGUAUUGUAUAUCAAGUUUUGUCGCUGCUUGUGCUUGGACGCGAUCUGUGCAUUUCUGUGAAAGCUGGGACUAUGUAGCAUAUAACAAGAGUAAAUGAAGACGAA